AUGGGAUACCACAGAACCUUCGAUCAUGGAACUGUCCUGUCUCAAACCUCUCGUCCCGGAAUAUCGAUACCUCCAGGCUGCACCGUUCAGGAACUGACAAGCCUCCUGGCACCAAUUGGAGCGCAAAUGUUAAUUCAAGGUCUACGAGAUGGAGUCUAUGUGCCGCCUCGCCAAAAUGCAGGAUGGAGAGCAGAAGAGCUGAGCGACGAGCAUCUCGUACACGCGCCCAAGGUCACAAAGGCUGAUGGACGCAUAAAAUGGACUCAGUGGACAGGGGACGACAUUGUGCGAAGGAUACGAGUACUUGGGUCUGUAUGGACUCAUGCUGUCAACAGGAAGGGAGAUAAAAAGCGUUUGAUUUUCCAAGAUGUCGAGACCAUAUCCUCAAGGGAUAUCGGGAAUCGUGGAGCAAAAGUCCACCUCCUUGAGGACACUGGGGUUGUCUUGGAGACUCCAAUUUGGGAUCAAGGCGAUGGCAGCUGUGCCAUACGCGCUCUGGACGGCAGCGUAAUUCGCGUGAAGAAGAUUAAGGAGGAAGGGAAGUCGCAGCGUGAUGCAAUGAUGGGACUGAGGGGCUACAUCGCUAAUGACUAG